AUGGAAGUAACGCGUAAAUUGGAGCAGGCAGCUACAUUUUGUUUAAAAUUGUGGUUUCGACGGUGGACAAAGGAAUAUGCUGUUGCUAGGAGACAUUUUCAUCAUCAUCUGUGUUCAAGUGUAAUCUUAUCGUGGUGGAAGGCUACCAUUAAUUCGAAGCAAGAAAAAGUUGUGAUCAGUGCACGGCAAACGACCGACAAUCCUUUAUACUAUCAUCCUCAACAUCAGCUUUAUGCGAUUAAAGCAAAACGAAUUGACUGCUUAGCUAAACGGAAAAACAAUGUUUUGGGAAAGCAAGGAAAAAAAGUGGUUGGCAAAGCUUCUUCAUUGGAGUCAAUGCGAAAGAUGCGUCGGAUGCUGGAUCCUAUGAAUCACGUGAGCUAUACAAAAGCUCGUCAGACAAGUGACGCGGAUACAAUGCGAAACGAGAAUUGCAAGCAAUUGGCGAGCAAAUUGAGUGCAAAAGCCGCUUCAGGUCCUUCUGUCAAUUCAAGAAUUUGUCGAGGUGUUGAAAAUGGGCUUGAAGGCGGCAAGCGCAUACAUCACGCGAUGAUUGUAACUUGCAGAUCUUAUCCUAAUAUUUCAAAGGCUAGUUAUAGCGAAGUGCAGCAAGAACAGAUGUCACCUUUGCUCGCAGCCACUAAUCAAGUGGAUUGCGAUACUAAUAAUGUCAAAAUUGCUAAAAGUCUCAAGAGGUCUCAGUGUGUAUUACCAUUUUCACCUGAUCUUGAGGAAAAACAAGCGAAUGUGUCAUGCAUCGAAAACGAUUUACCUCUCUUUGACAGCGACGUAUUAGAUGUCAAAGCUCGCACCAAUGAGACGAAACGUAACGCUAUUGCCAGAGGAUUUAAUUCGGUUGCUGAUUCUGAACAAAGGGACAUUCUUGUGCAUUAA